AUGACAAGUAAAACCAGCAGUCUUAAAGCCCUGCUUUUACGUGCCUGGCGAGAACGCUGGUCAGAUUUGCAAUGGGGUAUACACAUCAAAAUGAUUCUACCGCGAGGUGUUAGUGGUGAUGUUCAUAAUCUAGCAGAUUGCAUCCUUCAACAAGCCCUUGUUGGGCCUGGCCCUAAUCAACUUGUACUCUCAUAUUUCCUGGAAUAACAUGCCGAGGGAAACCAGAGGAAAGCAUGCUUCCAGGAGCCCUAUUGCGGAUAGUGCACUGGUUACUACAAUGUCUCAUGCAUGUUUUGGACUCCCUUCCACCAACUGCUGUCAAUGCGUCUACCUUACCUCAUCCAGAAAUGUUUGAUCUUCCAAUCAAAAUUCUCUCAAAUAUGAUAGAUGACCAAUUUAUGACAGCAGUGUUGUAUCUGGGAAAGUAUGAAGAUCAAGAAAUGUAUAUGGAUGUUUGUAAGAAGUGUCAAGAAAUUCAUGGACUAAUAAAACAAAGUACUCAUUUUGUUCCAAAUCCCAAAUUAAUUGAGGUUUUGAGCAAGCUACAAGAGAUGGACCUGGAUUUAGGUAGUAGAUGUAUACCUAGCUUCCAAGUUGUAAGUGGACUAGCUGCCACAAAAGAUGGCUGUGAACCUCUUACUUACUGCCUCCAACCUCUUCUUGCAAUUGAAGUGAUGCAAAAUCCAUGCGCAGAUACUUAUACAUUUGUUAGUCAACUGCGUAUGAUUCAAAGAUUAAAGGGUUUAAGCAAUGCACGAUUAUAUUGUGAGCUAAUGAGGGCAUGUUUCAUCACUAUAAAUAAUGUUUUGGAAAUGCCUCAAGUUCCACAAUGGGGAGCCUUCACAUUUAUUAAAAUGCCCCAAAUUUUACUUCAACUUCACACAACAAGCAAAGGAACCUUGGGGAAGGGGGAAUUUUCACAAGAUGUUGUAGAUGCUCUUGAACUCCUCCUUCAGUUCACUCCACUUCUUGAUAUCAUAGAUGCUAAAUGGCCUUCCAGUUGUGUAGAAUCUCUACUAACAGCAAUUUUGAAGGUUGGACUUAUAACUGAAGAACACUGCAAGAAAUAUACUAUAAUGAGAGAAGAAACAAAUUCGUCUAGUGCUUUGAAAUCUGAACAAAGCAAUACCAUCAAUUUCCCUAAUUCCGAGCUGCUUCGUCAAGCAGAGGCCUUACUUGAGAAAAUCCUUCGAACACUUGAUGCUGAUUAUGUAGAAAUUCAAGAACCACUUCUGAGUGUACUUUGUCAAGUCCUGGAUGGAAUUAAGUUUGAACUUAUUCUUGCUGUAGCCUCAGUUGAAGGAAAAUUACGCACUUUUGUUUCAAAACUCAUAAAGUUUAAUGAAGGGUCAAAGCAAGUUGGUGGAGUUAAUGGCAAAUCUGCACAAACUAGAGCUAUGCUAUUUGACAUAACAUUUUUAAUGCUAUGUUUAAUUGUUCAAAUGUAUGGUUCUGAUGUUGUACUUUCUGAGCAAGGAGGUAACUCAUUCUUUGAGCAGUGGGCGAGGGAUUGUAUGGUGGAGAGGAAACAAGCCAAAUCGCCUGAUCAAAUGUUGAAGUCUGUUGCACAACCUCGUGCCAAUGAGUUAUUAAUUCAAUUUAACAAUGGAGAGGCAGAUUUUCCCAUAAGCCAAGUAAAGUGGCAUGAGGUGUGCUGGAGUGUUCCCUUGGCGAUCAAGGAAGUUCUUGUCGCAUGGGAACAUGAUGCCUUAACACCCAAUGAUGUGAAGCGUAUUCUAGACACAAUGAAAGCUAGAAUGUGUUGUUUGCCUAUUUGUGCAACUGCCUGGUUGUGUAGCUAUAUGCAGAUAUUACCCCAAGAAAAGCUCUUGAAGCCCAUCAAUAUGGUACAGCAAUUCCUAUCUAAUUCAGGAGCUGUUGAUAGCUCUCAAGAAGUCAGUAGUUUCACUGAACGUGCAGACCUGAUGGCAGCAGUUAUUUGCAAAAUGCAAAAUGAUGUUCCUAUUGCUCAGCCUAAAUCUAAAGCUAGAGUUCUUUCUCCUACCAGUAUUGUAUCUUGUCAACCUAUCUGUGAGCAGCUAACAAAUAUCUGGAAUGGUUUGCAUCAGAGAGGAUGGAUGCAAAAUGAAGCUACUCAUCAACUUGAAAGCUUAUUAAACUCCGGUGGAGCUAAUUGGUUUGUUACUAAUGUUGUGAAGGAAGUUUUGAAGUACAGAUACAAGGAAGAUUUAGAUCGUGCUGUAGAUGUAGCAUUUGCCGUCUUUCAUCUUGAUCUUGAGCAUUGUACUCUUACCCUAAUUUUGCAUGUGCUACCACAAUAUCUGCACAAUCGCUUAAUGAGCGAUGAAUUAAUGGAACCUCAAGCUUCUGCUCUAGCUAAGCUUAGUGCUUAUUGUGUAUUUGCCUCUGCUAAUUUGGACAGUGUUGAACCAUUUGCUGCUCCCAACUCGCGGAAACGAACUCGACCAGAGGAUUAUGAAGAUUUGGACUUGCUGGUUCCAGCAUGUAAAUUAAUGAGACUAGGAAAUUGCAAUGGAGAUGGGAAACAGUCAGUUCCAUCUCUAGUAUUUAAUGAAGAAGAGUGUGUCAAUGCCAUAAAGGAACCUCUUGCCUCUGCCUUACGUAAACUUUUCCAGACCCUUAAUAUAUUGGUUACCAGAGAUGGAGAAGUUUCUCAACAGACUCAUUUUGCCUUGAGGUUCAUUCAACUGGUGGUUUUCUCUGGAAAGGAACAUGCUGCUUCUGUUUUACGAGAUAUGCCCAGUUCCUUGAUUCCAAGUUUAGUUCGAGCUCUUCCUGAAAACUUUUCAACUGAUCUUAUAGUGAGAUUGUAUGAUAUUCAAAGUAUAACUGGCCGGAAAUCCACAAUAAGGGAUCUUUGUUUGCUUCGCAACCUUAAUCUUAAGUCACAAAUUUCAGAAUAAGUAUAUGUUGUUUUAUUAUUAUUUUUUGUACAUAUGUAUCGAAAUAAAUUUUAUUUAUGGUGCUUUGUUAAAA